CACCUGUAGCUGUUGUGACACCAGAAGGAACAUCAGUCAAUAUCAUUACAACCCAUCUAAACUAUAAAGGACGAUUGAAUGUCUCAUCCAAAACUUACGACUUACAGAUCAAUCAUCUGAAGAUGGAGGAUGCUGGAUUCUACAGAGCAGAUAUAAAUCUCAAGACCUCUUCAACUUCCACCACCAUCACCAAGAACUACACCCUGCAAAUCUAUAGACGCCUGGAACAGCCAAAAAUUACCCUGAAUGCCCUAGCCUCUGAGAACAACACCUGUAACAUCACUCUGACAUGCUCUGUGGAGAUCAGAGAAGCCGUGAAGUAUGAGUGGACCCCUCUGGGAGAACAAACUGCUGAGUCUGAUGGGAAAUCUAGGCUUUUCAUCUUCUGGACAUCUGGGGAUGUUCCCAAAAAUUACACCUGCUUGGCCACAAACCCUGUCAGCAAAAACUCUCAAUCCAUACUUGUUAAAAAUUCCUGUGCAGGUACUUUAAUGAUUUCUGGUCCUCCAUGGUAUGCUCUCAUAUCUGUCUUGGAAAUGCUGGUUAUUUUCAGUCUGGCUGGAGUGGGAUUUUACCUGUGGCACAAGAUAAGGUCAACAGCUUCCAGAGAAAACAAUGCCCCAGUGGUAGUGACAGGGAUUCUGGGAGAAUCGGCUAUUCUACCUGCAGACAUUCCAGAUAAAAAUAAAAUUGAUAACAUUAACUGGGCUUCCCGUACACCUGUAGCUGUUGUGACACCAGAAGGAACAGCAGUCAAUAUCAUUACAACCCAUCAAAACUAUAAAGGACGAUUGAAUGUCUCAUCCAAAACUUACGACUUACAGAUCAAUCAUCUGAAGAUGGAGGAUGCUGGAUUCUACAGAGCAGAUAUAAAUCUCAAGACCUCUUCAACUUCCACCACCAUCACCAAGAACUACACCCUGCAAAUCUAUAGACGCCUAGAACAGCCAAAAAUUACCCUGAAUACCAUAGCCUCUGAGAACAACACCUGUAACAUCACUCUGACAUGCUCUGUGGAGAUUGGAGAUGCUGUGAAGUAUGAGUGGACCCCUCUGGGAGAACAAACUGAUGAGUCCAAUGGAAAAUCUAGGCUUUUCAUCUUUCAGACAUCUGAGGACGUUCCCAAAAAUUACACUUGCAUGGCCAAAAACCCUGUCAGCAAAAACUCUCAAUCCAUACUUGUUCAAUAUCCCUGUACAGGAAUUGGAGAGGAGAGAGCUUUGAAGGAGGGAGAUGAUUUUAAAAGCCCUUAUCCAAGACCAGGAAUAUCAAAAUCCUCUAAUCUCUGGUUUAUACUGAUAUCAAUCCUGAUAAUAUUGAUUUCAACUGCAACAUGUUUUUAUCUACGAUACAAGGGAAAAAAAGAUGCUGAUUCAUCAUUCAUUACCCAGGGCAACACCGGAAAGGAGCCAUCUGCACCUGCAGAUAACCGAGUCUAUGAUGAAAUCGUCAUACCCAAGGGAAUUGUCUCCACUCCUCAGAAGGAAGAAUCCUUAAAUACAAUUUAUUACACAGUGCAGAAACCCCAAAAGGUAGAAAAUUCUUACUCAUCUAAUACCAAGCUUCUUGGCACCUCUACCAGUGAUUUUGUGAUCUAGAUGGCAAAGAAACCUAUUCUUUCACAGGGGUGGACCCCUGGUGGAAAGAGGACUUCAGUGUGUUAAAAAGAAAUAUCAGUUCAGGCUUUGCCUUGGACAAUGAAGGAAACCAAGGAAAAGAAAACCAAAAGUAUUUUUUGAUCAGCGUUUGGUCACUCAUUCUGAGGAGUAAACAACUUACAUUAAGGACAGAGGCAUGCUGAUUGGUGGUAUAGCUCCAUAAUUGCACCUUUCUUACUCAUCUAUACUCAAAUGUAUCAUCUUCAUCUCAGCUGCCUGUAACUGAGGGGUAGGUUCUUGGAGCAGUCCCUUACUCCGGAGGAGAUACUGUCAGCAUAAGCAACACACACCCCAAAGAAGAAACACAUGAGAAGAUCCACUAACUGAUAUUUCUUCCAUAAGAGAUCAGGGAGCAUGGGGACCAGGAUCUUCCAGAUAGCUUCGUAUCUUUCUGGAACUCAUCCUAGGCCUUUGUAUCAAGGCUAGAUGAGCAUCAAUGUUAUAGGUAUUUUGAGGAACCCAUGUGCAGCACUCCUGGCAUAUGAAGUCAUAUAUCUCUCCCCUCUAUGCUAGGAGGUAAUUCAGAACUAGUCUCUUCCUUGAGGCUACAGACUUAAAAGCAUAAACUCUGUACUCAGUUCCUCCACAGUGCCAAUGGAUUAAUUAACACAAAUUUCUAAAACUCCAUUCAUUUUAUUGAAGAGUGUUAAGAGUACUAAAUUGAAGAAUGAAAAAGUCACAAUCAGAUUCUUCCAUUAAAGGGAGAUAAGUGACAGAAACUUGGAUAGCUGUAUCAUGAUUAAAAAUGUCUGGAGAAUAUAUAUUAAUUUAUAAUUAUUUAUUAAAUAGUCAAAAUGGAUCAGAGAAAAAAAGGCACAUAGUUAUAUGACUAAUCACUUAUAACCUGAACUCACCACUCACCUUGCAUCUAUCUGCAUUCACUGCCACUGCUUGGCCAGGAAAAAUGCACGAACUUUCUUGAUCCAUAACUUUUAACCCUAUAACAUCCCUUUUUACGCGUCUCCCUGAUUGGACAGACAAUCUCAUUUUGGAUCAGAGACUGGUAUUCCAGACACCAGAAGUCACAUAGGACAAGAAGCUAGCCUCUUCCAGAACAACGAGAGUCAUGUGGGACAAGAAGCAAGCAUCUUCCAGAAUAUCAGGAAGCCAUACGUCUACUGGCAUUCCCUUGGAGCAGCGUUGGUGAAGUAUUGGCACAUGUGCAGAGCCAGCAUUUGGGGAGUUACUCCAUUCCCCCUCUUCCCAGCAACUGAGGAUAUUUUUGCAUACCUCAUCCCUCUGUCCAGCCUUGUCCCUUUGUCCAGCCAUCCAAAGUGAGCUCUUCCUCCCUCUGCUCUUCGGGUUGUUACAAGGGAAUCACUUUAAAAGACUGAUAUAUAUUAAUUUAAGGUCGCCAAGGAAUUCAGCUAUGUAAUUCCUAAAUGAAAAACUCAAGUCAGCAGUCAACCUUUUAUGGAGUUUAAUUACAAUAGGAGGAAGAAAGGAAUUAGAGAUAGAGAGAGAGAGAGAAAGGGAGAGAAAGGAAUAGGGCUUAAAUACCCCUUCUGUUUAGGCUGGGCCAAAAGGCCCAAGCCCUUAGAUAGCUGGGGCAAAGAAAAGAGAUCAGUCCCUAUUACUCAUGUGACCAAAAUGGAGAAACAGUCUCAGGGGCCCCCACCUUCAGCUUCCUUCAGAGCAAGCUUCUCAGAGUACACUGCCACCACUCCGACCAACUCCUCAACCACCUCGAGUCUUCAGACCCCCCUGAUCUUUAAGGAAACCAUCCAAGUUGCCUCCCCUCAGUUCUCACAUCUACCAAUCACUGUCCAUCAAUUUCCCUGUGCCAGUGGAGGCUCUAGCUUAACCCAGGACCGCCCAGAGGCUUUGCACAUGUCUGUUGAAGGUCAUAUUUUCAAAUGAUUAAAUCUUUGCUCCUUUGCUACAGCCCUUUCUAAAUCCUGUUAACCUGAGUAGGGUAGAGAUUGGAAUAAUUAAAUUUUGAUCUAGGCUGCAGCCCUUACUCAAUCCUGUUAGGACUGAAUAGGGUGGAGAUUGAUUCCAAGUAUCUCCAUUGUAUCAAUUCUAAAAUCAAUCAUGACUCAAAGAAAUUCCUGUUCUAUGCUUAAGCAUAGGUCAAAGUCCUUUCCAUUGUUCAGCAAAAGGUUUCUGUCCUAAAGUAAUCUUAAGAAGGGAAGAGAAGGAACCUCCCAUGCCAAUGGGGUUCCCAUUCCAAUAGACUAUCAGUAAGAAAUUUUCCAAGUAUGAAAUAUCUCAAUGGUGAAAUUUCCAACAUUUAUAAGUCUAAGGAAUUUUGAGGUUUACAGGGUUAUGGAGGGAAGAGGGGUCACUGGCAGCUUGAAAUUGCAGUCUGGGCACAUGAACUUGAAAACCUUCCCAUGUAUAUGUCUGUCCCCCAGCCCAGAUAAGCCUCAGGUCUUGUUUUUAAUCUGAUCAAAGGGUUAGAGUGAGAUAGCAAUGGAUUUUCAAAUUCAAAAUUAAACUUUCCUUUUAAAAAGGAAAAAGGGGUACAGAUUUAAGUAAAAUACUCACAACCACAAGUGGUAGAGAAGGCAGGCUGAAAAAGAAAUCUUCCUAUUCCUCAUUGUAUCUGCCAAUGUUGAGGAAGCCAAUGAUAAGUUUUGUUAUGACACAAGAAAUAAAAUCUAUCUAGAGCUAGGCUAAAAAAAAACACUCCUAUGCACUUAGCCCCCUGGCUUAAAACCAGAUCUCAGGUCAUUCCGUUCCUGAAUAGUCACAUUAUAUUUCAGAGAGAAGGUAUAAUUACAUCCCAUUUGGCAGCCUAUUUCCUGCUCUUGUGCCUCAUUUUGCUCAUAACACAGUACUGACAGUCCAGCAGUAUAGUGCAAGUUUAAGUGGGGUGAGGACUGUGAAAGACUAGCAAUCUUUUUCCAGCUAAAUGUAAAUGAAGGUCUGGUAGGUGGCACAGUGGAGAACCUGGAGUCUGAAAGUUGGGAAGCUUAAAUACCUUUCAUGGGGAACAUGAGGACUGAGGAUGAGAAGGAUAGUUGAGUGGUUUCACAAUGGUAAGGAAGGAAAUGAGGAGUUCCAGACAGGAAUAACAGUGAGGGGCCAAAGGUUUACAAUGGACACAAAAGGGAAAGAUCCAAAAGGGAGAAACCAUUGGGACAAAAGAGAUACUCAACACCUAAUGGGAUUGGCCAUCCCACCUAAACUUCUUUAAGGUCUAUUGUUAGUCUGAAGACUAGUGAAGUUGGACUUUCCCUCAGGGAGAAACUCUUCUGUGACAAGGUCAAACUUGGAGCUUUCACCUUUAGGUUAAGUAAACUGGGGGUCAUAAAAUCUUUCUAGGCUACAAGUUUGGGGGCUUCUAGAUUUCACAUUGACAAGUGUCACAAAGAAUUGGACAGAAUUGAAAACAACAACAAUAAAUAUGUUGGGGGCAGCUGGGUGGCUCAGUGGAUUGAAAGCCAGGCCCAGAGAUGAGAGGUCCUAGAGUCAAAUCUGGCUUUAGAUACUUCCUAGCUGUGUGGACUUGGUGCUCCCCCCCCCCCCCCCCAUUGCCAAGGACUUACCACUUCAGCAUUAGAACCAGUACAUAGUAUAUUGAUUCUAAGAUGAAAGGUAAGGGUUUAAAAAAAAAGGUAAAUGAGAGAAAUAAUUUUUCCAGCCUAUAUUAAUAGAAUUUGACUUUUUGUUUAAGUUUGCCUCAUUGAUUUCAAAAGAAUAGUUCUAGUCAUCUAACCCCAUGCUCACCAGGAGUAUCCCUUCCCCCCAAGCCAAAGUGGUUCAUGCACAUAUCCAGUUAAAGGGAUGGUUGGCAUUUUGGAAUAUACAUAACGGUUGGCCUCUCAUGUUUCCCCAAUUCCAAGGAUGCAAAGCAGGGCAUAAAGUACAGAAAGCAAAUACAUUACAAAUGAAUGAUUAGGUCCUAAAUAUCAAGGUGGACAAGGACUAUUGAUUGAUGUCAGGAUCUCUUUCCAGUUUAACUGGAUCCAGGAGCGGACCAGAAGUUGAUUCCUCUGCUGAGCUGAGAUCAGUCACAGCAGACUUCACAUGGGAAUUGUGUGAAAUGAGAAAUUAGUGUGUGAUUCUCAAGUUAUAAAAAGUUAUUGAUAUCUAAAGUUUGGUGACCCCCCCCUCACCCACCCCAUUCUUACCAAAGCUUUGCAGUUUUAAGGAAGUCUGGAAAUUGCCACAGUCAGGAAUCUGAGGCACCCUGACCAAUUCUUAAGGACCAGUCUUGAGUAUCCUUUUGUCCUAGGAGACUCUCCUAUUGUAUCUUUGUAUUUGGAACAUUGAAGCUUCUAACAGGAGAUCAAGCCCAGUGGUUUGAAUGAUCCCCCUUCAUCCCCUCCUAGAUAACCCAGUCCCGAACCACUCCCCUCUUUGUAUCUGUCUCCAGUUCCCUGAUCAUUCCUAUAAAAUAUGAAUUUGCUAAUG